CUUCUAUGGGUGGUGACGUGCUGUGACGUCAUCAAGAUGGAACGUCGGCCCGCUGUGCUGCGUCGGAAUCUAUGGUCCCAUCAGCUGUUUGUGAAGCUGCAGCUCCCGGCAUGCAUUGCGGCCCCCGAUGGCAUGCUGGGAAGUGUAGUUUGACAUCAGCUGACAGAUCUUUAUGCCAUUGAGUCUUAGCCCGCUGCCCACCCCCAGUCACAUGUGUGGACAUGAUCGUGGGUACAUAGGGUCACGGUGCUCAGCCAGCGGGGAGGAGCCCGGCACGACUGAAACGUGUUAUUUUUCUGUAUCCCCCCCCUUAUCUGUGCCAAGAUGGCGUCCAUACAAGCUGCCAAGCGGGCGCUCAGGGCUCAGCUGAAGCAGAAGCUAGCGGCCCUAAGCGACCUAGAGAAGCUUCAACAGUCCCAGGCAGUGACUCGGAAGUUACUCUCUCACCACCGCUACCAGAGCGCUAAGCGCAUUGCUGUUUUUCUGAAUAUGUCUGAUGAGAUCCAGACUGGAGACAUCAUACGUGACAUUUUCCGUCAAGACAAAUCUUGCUUUAUUCCACGUUACCAGCCUCGCAGUACACAUAUGGAUAUGGUGAGCCUCGGUUCACUGGAGGAAAUCAACCUGUUACCAGUAACCACAUGGAACGUACGCCAGCCUGGAGAAGAAGACUGCAGACAGGAGGCAUUGGCCACUGGAGGACUGGAUCUUGUGCUUGUACCAGGACUUGGAUUUGACGACAAAGGUCACCGUUUGGGAAGGGGUAAAGGCUAUUAUGAUACUUUCUUAGAGCGCUACAGUCGUCAUCUUUCUGACAAACCAUAUACCAUCGCUUUGGCUUUUCAAGAGCAGAUUUGUGACUCCAUCCCUGUAACGGAAAAUGAUUUUGAGAUAGAUGAAGUCAUCUGCGCCUGAGACCCGGAGAUGCUAAAGAAAUGACGACGUGAUAAUUUUCCAAUCUCGACAGCGUCUUGCCCUUAGAUCUUUCCUUCCUCUUCAUUUAACCACCGUUCAGUUGUACCUGCUAUCAGAAUAAAGCUAUGCUCCAUAUUCUCGAAACCUCAUUAGUCUCAU